UCCACUCAAAGUAUAGCGUCCGUAAAAGAUGAAGAUGGUGCGAUUUGUUGAACCAGAAGCUUCCGCUUCUGGAUCUCGCACUAGACGUGGAAGAUCCCCGCCAGCACCCCCGCCAGCGCCGCCAAACACGCCCCAGCGGGGACUUCAGAGAACAGAAGGCUUUCAAGGAUCCGAGGAAUCACGAAGCAACGCCCAAGUCUCAACACCUCAACUAGUACCCUCAUUUCAAGCUUACAAGAUUCCGCAUCAUAUCACCACAAUGGUUCGCGAGCUCCUACAAAGCGCUAAAGGCAGCCAGCCAUCCAAGCUCCUAGAGUUUCUCGAAAAAGACCUGCCCGAUUCCGCUCACGAAUCUCUUGCUUUUACGAGUGCUGAGGAGAUCGAAGUUCAGCUCACCUUCGCUUCGCUGACCCUCGAGGGCUCUCUACCAAACUCAACCACAAAGGCUAUCCAAAGUACUCCUCUGGAGAUCUUCUUCGCCGUUCUUGAUAACCUCGAUGAGGCGUCCGCGACUACACUAGGUCUCACGUGCAAAGCCCUCUGGGCAAUUCACAAGAUCCGUUAUCCCCACAAAAACAGUCUUCUCGAAAAGUCCGUUCGGUUCCCAUCAUCUGAGUCGAUCUUCCUUUACCAGAUGUUGAAGCAAUGGAUGGGAGAGGAUCUGUACUACUUUGCUUUUGCGAUUGGCAAUCAUCAGGUCUCUGGAAAGUUCUUGACGAAGAAGCAGUGCAUGGACAAAGUCAUCGCAAACAACAAAGGAGUUGAACCAAAGGACAAGCGAGGCUGUUUCGGAAUCUGGGAGGAAGGUCAAGAGGUCACAUACGCACCCUACCAAACUGUGGUAUUCAAGCUGUGCCACGAGAAAGUCAAGAUUCCAACCAAGCCGGAUGGUUUCCAGUAUAAGACGACAAUGUUUACUCCGUGGCGACCCUGUCCUAAUAGUCGUCCACCUUGGUGGGAUCCACGAGACGAUAAGGACGGAAAAUGCGUCUGAUGGCACAGUCUAGGGAGUUUAGAGGUGGUGUUUAAGGUUAGAUAGGAGUGCAUAUGCAGGCGUUCAGGUUCAUCAAAAUGAUUUCAUGCGAAUGAGGAGAAGAAGCGAGAUUCAGGCGACGAAGGAACGAUUACGGAAACUCUGGACGCACUGAGAGGUUUCUACACCUAUGUUUUUCACUGCAUCAUACUGCCUUCUUUCAUACGAUGGGGAUGAUUUUCCUUGCUUCUCUUUCAUGCUGGUUUUGUUUCACAGCGGGUUUCUUUCAGAAAAUGGGGAUGGCUUUCAAUGGUUCACUUUCAAGGAGC